GCUCGGCGAUGGUCAUGGCCAUGGAGGAUGCCAAUGUGGCGCGGACGGAGGAGGCGGAAGAGGCGCAAGGAGUGACGUCACCGCCGGCAGUGGACGCGCCGGCGGUGGCCAACCAGGAAGCGGUUACAUCUGGAGCCGUGCAGGAGGCGUUGGAUAAUCUCGGUGAGGUGACUGCCUCCGGGGGCGCCAAAGACAUCGACCUUCUCUUCCUCCGCGGCAUCAUGGAAAGCCCCAUUGUACGCUCCCCGGUUGAGGCUUCCGAACAGCUGGAGGAGGUGAAGCUGGAGGCGGUGCAGGACAACAACAUGGAGCUGGUGACGGAGAUCCUGGGCGACAUCAGCGGCCUCAAAGUCAGAGACGACAGUGCGGCCGAACUGUCCAGGAUCUUGCAGGAGCCGCACUUUAAGUCCCUUCUGGAGGCACACGACAUGGUGGCCUCCAAAUGCUAUGAAGUCCCGCCCCCUGCCGAGAUGGCCAAUGACGCGGCGGUGAACAGCGCUCUCAUGCAGGCGGACGCCGUGCGCAUGAUCGGCAUCCGGAAGAAAGCCGGGGAGCCUUUGGGCGUCACCUUUCGCGUCGAGAAAGACGACCUCGUUAUAGCCAGGAUCCUCCAUGGCGGCAUGAUUGACAGGCAAGGACUACUGCACGUGGGCGACAUAAUCAAGGAAGUGAACGGCAAAGACGUGGGCAACAAUCCCACCGAGUUACAGGACAUGCUCAAGGACUGCAGCGGAGGGAUCACCCUUAAAAUACUGCCCAGCUACCGUGAUGCCCCCGCACCCCCGCAGGUCUACGUGCGGCCCUACUUUGACUACGACCCGGCCAGCGACAAUCUGAUCCCUUGCCGGGAGGCCGGCAUGGCUUUCAAGCGAGGUGACAUCCUUCAGAUUGUCAACAGAGAAGAUCCCAACUGGUGGCAGGCUUGUCAUGUCGUGGGCGGGGCGACGGGGCUGAUACCUAGUCAGUUCUUGGAGGAGAAGAGGAAAGCUUUUGUUCCACGGGACUUCGAUGGAUCAGGCAUCUUGUGUGGCACUAUUGCCGGGAAGAAAAAGAAGAAGAUGAUGUAUUUGACCGCCAAGAAUGCAGAGUUUGACAGGCACGAGCUGCAGAUCUACGAAGAAGUGGCCAAGGUUCCACCAUUCCAGAGAAAGACGCUAGUUCUAAUUGGUGCGCAGGGCGUGGGCCGACGAAGCCUCAAGAACCGGCUGAUGGUCCUUCAGCCCACCCGCUUCGGAACCACUAUACCAUAUACAACUCGGCGCCCCCGCGACGAGGAACUGGACGGCAACUCGUACCACUUCACUUCCAGGACAGAGAUGGAGGUAGACGUGAAGGCCGGCCGCUUCCUGGAGCACGGCGAGUACGACGGCAACCUGUACGGCACCAAGAUCGAGUCCAUCCACGAGGUGGUGGCGGCCGGGCGGACGUGCAUCCUCGACGUCAACCCACAGGCUCUGAAGGUCCUGAAAACGGCAGAGUUCAUGCCUUACGUGGUGUUCAUCGCCGCACCCGACUUCGACACUCUCAAGGGCAUGCACACAGCCGUCGUGGACGCGGGCCUCACCACCAAACAGCUCACGGACGUGGACCUGAGGAAGACGGUGGAUGAGAGCGCGCGCAUCCAGAGGGCUUACGACCACUACUUUGACCUGACAAUCACCAACGACAACCUGGACAAAGCCUUCGACACGUUACAGGCCGCCGUAGACAAACUGCGUGCUGAAUCUCAGUGGGUCCCAGUGAACUGGGUGUACUGAGGACCCCCUCGGCCUGCGCACGCGUAAGUGUGUCCGUUUGGGCCCGGAAGGAGGAGGAACACGAGGAUAACCAAGAGCUACUUCUGUAAAACAAGACAAAUAUUCUGGUUGAAUUUGAACACUCUCCGUCCUCGUGGCCACGCACACCACGCAACUUUUUUCUACUUCGACUCAAAGGGAAAGAGUGCUUAUUUAUUAUAUAACUUUUUAUUAAAGCUCUUUCUAUACGAUGUGGAAGUGCAGCAAAGAAUAAGGGGCAUCUUGUAUUUUUUUUUUUCUUUCUAUGUCUAUGUUUCAGUUUGCUGUCCAUGUUUCAUCAUCAGAUCCAUCUUUUUUCUGGUGAUACCAGAGGGCUUAAUUUUGUUUUUGUGUGUGGAGAAAAGUCAUACUUGUUCACGAUCAAACACUGUUCAUUUUUUUUUUGAUAGUUUUUGUUGAACGUGGUUAUAGUUUUGAGUGUACUUUUUUGUCAUAAAUGAUUCUGCCUGCCUGCCUGGAGCACAUGACCUUCACACUGUCCUCAUCUUCAAGCCAACGUGUUCAUGUUUAACAUAUGUGAAAGUCGCGAAAAUUCUACACUACAACCUUAAGAGGAAACCUCUCGUAGACUGCAGAAAAUAAUCGUUUCACUUACAUGUACGUCUAUUUGUUAAAAGUGAAAUUGUUCAUGUUUUUCCUUUUUUUAAUUCCCAGUGCCACAUUGUAGGAAACCCGCUGCCUGUUGAACGGGUUUUCAUCACUCUGUCAAAGGAUUUGUUUCUACAUUUUUACCUGCAAAGUUAAGAUGAAUAAAGGUGACUGCAUUUCAACA